CGUUGGGGAAGGUCCCCUCGCUCGCGGUCGCGGCGCCGUCAGAAUGCUGGCGCUCGCGCUGCCUACUAGCGUCACCGCCGGACGCGCCGGGAAGUGGGGUGAGCUGCGAUGGUCCACGGCCGGGCAUCCGCUUCGGGCGGCCGGUGCGCACGCCCCUUCCGGAGUCGCUCUGCGUCCUCACGUGUUUCCGCUUCGCUGGGAUCUGCCGGGCUCUAGACGCAGGUAUCCCACGCUAGAGGGCUAAGGUGAUACUCUUUUACCAUGCAUCGGAAGAAGGUGGAUAAUCGCAUCCGGAUUCUCAUUGAAAAUGGGGUGGCUGAGCGGCAAAGAUCUCUCUUUAUUGUAGUUGGAGAUCGAGGAAAAGAUCAGGUGGUAAUACUCCAUCACAUGUUGUCUAAAGCAGCUGUGAAGGCUCGGCCUUCAGUGCUGUGGUGCUACAAAAAAGAACUGGGGUUUAGCAGCCACCGGAAGAAAAGAAUGCGACAGCUGCAGAAGAAAAUAAAGAAUGGGACAUUGAACAUAAAACAAGAUGACCCCUUUGAACUUUUCAUAGCAGCCACAAACAUUCGCUACUGCUACUACAAUGAGACCCACAAGAUCCUGGGCAAUACCUUUGGCAUGUGUGUCCUGCAGGAUUUUGAAGCCUUAACUCCAAACUUGCUGGCCAGGACUAUAGAAACAGUGGAAGGUGGUGGGCUGGUGGUUAUCCUCCUACGAACCAUGAACUCACUCAAGCAGUUGUACACCAUGACCAUGGAUGUACAUUCCAGGUACAGGACUGAGGCCCAUCAAGAUGUGGUGGGAAGAUUUAAUGAGAGGUUUAUUCUUUCUCUGGCCUCUUGCAAGAAGUGUCUUGUUAUUGAUGACCAGCUCAACAUUCUGCCCAUUUCCUCCCAUGUCGCCAACAUUGAGGCCCUACCUCCACAGGCUCCGGAUGAGAGUCUUGGUCCUUCUGACCUGGAGUUGAAGGAGUUGAAGGAGAGCUUGCAGGACACCCAGCCCGUGGGCGUGUUGGUAGACUGCUGCAAGACCCUAGACCAGGCCAAAGCCGUCUUGAAAUUUAUUGAGGGAAUCUCUGAGAAGACCCUGAGAAGUACUGUUGCACUCACAGCUGCCCGAGGACGGGGAAAAUCUGCAGCCCUGGGUUUGGCUAUUGCUGGGGCAGUAGCAUUUGGGUACUCCAAUAUUUUUGUUACCUCUCCAAGCCCAGAUAACCUCCACACUCUGUUUGAAUUUGUAUUUAAAGGAUUUGAUGCUCUGCAGUAUCAGGAGCAUCUGGAUUAUGAGAUCAUUCAGUCUCUAAAUCCUGAAUUUAACAAAGCAGUGAUCAGAGUGAAUGUAUUCCGAGAACACAGGCAGACCAUUCAGUAUAUACAUCCUGCAGAUGCUGUGAAACUGGGCCAGGCUGAACUCGUCGUGAUUGACGAAGCUGCUGCCAUCCCCCUCCCCCUGGUGAAGAGCCUACUCGGCCCCUACCUUGUGUUCAUGGCGUCCACCAUCAAUGGCUACGAGGGCACUGGCCGGUCACUGUCCCUCAAGCUGAUUCAGCAGCUCCGUCAACAGAGUGCCCAGAGCCAGGUCAGCACCACUGCUGAGAACAAGACCACAACAACAGCCAGAUUGGCAUCAGCGCGAACGUUGCACGAGGUUUCCCUCCAGGAGUCAAUCCGAUAUGCCCCUGGGGACGCGGUGGAGAAGUGGCUGAAUGACUUGCUCUGCCUGGAUUGCCUCAACAUCACUCGGAUCAUCUCAGGCUGCCCCUUGCCCGAAGCCUGUGAGCUCUACUAUGUUAACAGAGAUACCCUCUUUUGCUACCACAAGGCCUCUGAAGUUUUCCUCCAACGGCUCAUGGCCCUCUAUGUGGCUUCUCACUACAAGAACUCUCCCAGUGAUCUCCAGAUGCUUUCCGAUGCUCCCGCGCACCAUCUCUUCUGCCUUCUGCCUCCCGUGCCCCCGACCCAGAAUGCCCUUCCUGAAGUGCUUGCUGUCAUCCAGGUGUGCCUUGAGGGGGAGAUUUCUCGCCAGUCCAUCUUGAACAGCCUGUCUCGAGGCAAGAAGGCUUCUGGGGACUUGAUUCCAUGGACAGUGUCAGAGCAGUUCCAAGAUCCAGACUUUGGCGGUCUUUCUGGUGGAAGGGUCGUGCGCAUUGCUGUUCACCCGGAUUAUCAAGGGAUGGGCUAUGGCAGCCGUGUGCUGCAGCUGCUGCAGAUGUACUAUGAAGGCAGGUUCCCUUGUCUGGAGGAGAAAGUCCUUGAGACAUCACAGAAAAUUCACACCAUCAGCAGUGAGGCUGUCAGCUUGUUGGAAGAGGUCAUCACUCCCCGCAAGGACCUGCCUCCUUUGCUCCUCAAGUUGAAUGAGAGGCCUGCUGAGCGCCUGGAUUACCUGGGUGUUUCUUAUGGCUUGACCCCCAGGCUUCUCAAGUUCUGGAAGCGGGCUGGAUUUGUUCCUGUCUAUCUGAGACAGACCCCGAAUGACCUGACUGGAGAGCACUCGUGCAUCAUGCUGAAGACGCUGACUGACGAGGACGAGGCUGACAGGGGAGUCUGGCUUGAGGCCUUCUGGAAAGACUUCCGACGGCGGUUCCUGGCCUUGCUGUCCUACCAGUUCUGCGCCUUCUCCCCUUCCCUGGCUCUGAACAUCAUUCAGAACAGGAACGUGGGGAAACCAGCCCAGCCAGCCCUGAGCCGGGAGAUGCUGGAGGCGCUCUUCCUCCCCUAUGACCUCAAGCGGCUGGAGAUGUAUUCACGGAACAUGGUGGACUAUCACCUCAUCAUGGACAUGAUCCCAUCCAUCUCCCGCAUGUAUUUCCUGAACCAGCUGGGGGACCUGGCCCUGUCCGCUGCUCAGUCAGCUCUUCUCUUGGGGAUUGGCCUGCAGCAUAAGUCUGUGGACCAGCUGGAAAAGGAGAUCGAGCUGCCCUUGGGCCAGUUGAUGGGACUUUUCAACCGGAUCAUCCGCAAAGUUGUGAAGUUGUUUAAUGAAGUACAGGAAAAGGGCAUCGAGGAGCAGAUGGUGGCGGUGAAGGAUGUGGUCAUGGAGCCCACGAUGAAGACCCUGAGUGAUGAUCUGGACGAAGCAGCAAAGGAGUUUCAGGAGAAACACAAGAAAGAAGUGGAGAAGCUGAAGAGCAUGGACCUCUCUCAAUACAUAAUCCGUGGGGAUGAUGAAGAGUGGAAUGAAGUUUUGAACAAAGCUGGGCAGAACGCCUCAGUCGUCAGCCUGAAAAGUGACAAAAGGAAGUUGGAAACCAAACAAGAACCCAAACAGAACAAGAAGUUGAAGAAAAACAGAGAUAUGAAGAACAAAAAAGAUAUGAAACUGAAGCGGAAGAAAUAGUGAAGAGAACCUUAGGCAUGAGCGCCGGCCAUGAGGGAAUACCUGACUUCUCAAACUCUCUGGCUAGGCUGGGCAGCAGAGCCCCCAGCGAACCCAGAAGCUGGCUGAGAGUACAGUCUUCUGGGCCUGACUUUGUCAGGUGUGGCCGGCCUGGCUGAAGGCGCAAAGUCACUCCCAAAUGGGUCUGCUUAGAACUUGAUGGUGGGGCAAACCUCUGGCAUUGCCAGGGGUCUGUUUCUACUCCCCCAAGUGCAGGACGCUUCUUUUUGCUUGGGACCAGCUUUCCAGGUUCAUUCCCACACAUGUGGAAGCCAUACUGACUCUCAGAUCUCUCAGACUCUUAAUUGUGUGCACAGCUUGUGAGGCUCAGAAGGCUGUUUGAUGGAUGACUGUGUCUCUCUUCAUGGACUUACACAAGCACCCUGAGGCCUGGAGCAGGGGGAGCUCUGGUUCUCUCAGGUGGUGGCUGUGGCAUGCCACCAGGGUUUGCUGGGGCUGUGUACACUUCAUCUCCUGGCUCCAGGCCUGCUGUCCUCUCUGUCCCAGAAUAGUCUGUGCCCUUCCCCAGUUUAGGUAGGAUACCACAUCCUCUUAGUCCCCAAGGCCUGUUAUUUCAUCCAUUUGGGCAGAGAUGUUGGGAAGGGCUUCUUUGCUAGCAGUGGUGAGGGAAGGGAUAGAGAAUCUGUUUUUAAUAAAUAACAUCCUGGAAAGGCUAACCAUCUGCAGUGUUCAUGAAAUCUACACAUGUAGGGCCAGGCAUGGUGGCUCACACCUGUAAUCCCAGCACUCUGGGAGGCCAAGGGUAGAUUUCUUGAGCUCAUAGUUUGCGACCAGUCUGAGCAAGAGCGAGGCCCCAUCUCUAAAAAUAGCUGGGUGUCGGGCACCUAUAGUCCCAGCUACUCAGGAGGCUGAGGCAAGAGGAUCACUUAAGCCCAAGAGUUUGAGGUUGCCGUGAGCUAUGGUCCAUGGCAUUCUACCCAGGGCAAUAGAGUGAGACUCUGUCUCCAGAAAAAAAAAAAAUCCACACAUGUGAAAGUUGCAGGUUGCCUUACUUCUUUGGGUGGAUUUGGCUGCAAGGUAGAACCUGCAGGGUGUUGGUCUCAAGGCCAAGGGUGGGCAGUGUGGCUAGGGUGGUCCCAGCCCAGGAGCUUGUAGUAGAAGUGGCAGGUGCUGAGUGGUGUUUUGGUCACUUUGAGGGGCCUGGUGUGCUGGCUGGAUGUAGCUACUUGCCUCCUUCCCAACUCCUGCCAGGUUAUUUGGUCCCUUCCAUUUGUUGGAGACAAAUUAUCUGGUGGCUUCACACAUACUCUAGUACAUUUGUUUGAUGAUGUCCAUGUUUCAAGUCCAAAUAGAAUGUUUCUGAAGCCCUAAUAUGUACUCUGUGGAAGUCUAAGUGAAGGACAGAAGGGAAGGGGAGCUUCUGGACCAAAGGGUAUUAAACAUGCAUCUCCCAGACCAGAUGGGGACCUGGCCUUUUGUUCCUGGAUCUGCAUCUUCCUGCUCACAGACCCCUUGCUCCCCUGUUAAGUCUGUAGGAAAGUUUGCUGAAGGAGGAUAUAAAAACAAUUUUUAUUUAUUUUCUCAGGUGAGAAAAUAAAUUUUCUCUGCUGAAUCAAAGAGGAUUUUCUGUGGAGAGUGGCCGAAAUCAGAGUUCAAAUCUUAAAAAUGGUCAGAGCUGGAUGGUAUCUUAAAAGUUGUCCAGGCACAUCCUAAAGGUGAGAAAGGCUUUGUUCAGUGUCUUUAGCCCCAGCGCCUGUUCAGCUGGUUCUAUCCUGGUGUGCAAAGUGAGAGGGGCUCUGAAGCCAGACUGCCAUGCCAGACCGUGUGACCUUGGGUUACUACCACUGCCCUCCCUGGGCUGAGGUUGAAAAGGAAGAAGAGCUUAGAACAGUGGCCAGCAUAUAGCAAAGUGCCCAGCACAUAGCACAUGUACACUGGAUCUCUGGAUUUGGGCUCUCUUAUAUCUAACUCAGUUUGCUUGCUCAGUUGCACACCAGCUUUGAGAACACUGAAGACUGGCUAUGUUCUAAAAUUACAACCUGAGCUAGAAAAACAGAGUCCCACUUAGCAAAAAGCGUGCACUUUGCAGGCAGACCUGUCUGGCUCUGUGUAAUAACUCUGUGUAUCCUUGGACAAGGCCCUUUUAUUCACAGCUUGUGCUCCUAAACAGGUCUCUGCAUUUUGUGGUCAUGAUCUUGGGUUCUCCUUCAAACCUGAAAAGGCACGCCUCCCCCAGACCUCACCAUCUGGCCCCCAGACAGAGUGACAUCUGUAAAGCUUGGCUGUCUCAGGAAAUGUCACUUGUGAAAUGAAUUCAGAUAGGCCAGCUAUGAAUGCUGUCACCGGGAUGGGAAAGGGACUAAAGCUGAACAAAGAAAGUCCUAAAUGGUCAGCCCCACCCCCAAGCCCAUUGGGGGCUAAUGCUGGCCUGAUUCAGUGCUUCCACUGCUCAUCUGGCCUGGCCUCCCCAGAGGGCUCUGGAGUGACCAGGAGACAGGACACAAAGACGGCUGCUGAGGCUGGGAGGUGGGGGAGGGGCAGAAAUAAGUGACCGUCACCUUGGAAAAAUGUAGACUCAUUAUCUGAGGCCAUUAUAGUACCAGCAGCCAGUCUGUAGGCCGGGAGGAGGGGAUAGGGCUGGAAGCCCUUUGGGCCUGAAUAGGCAAUUUCAGGCUACUAGAGAAGAGGAUGCCCUUCAUUCUGUAAACAAUUGGUAAAGUUCAUCAUCUUGAAAGACCACCUGAAAGAGAAAGACCUGAGGCUUCUUGCUUUGGCUGGUUCUGUUGAGACAGCUGUGAUCAGCCUCCAUCUGGCUUGGGGGACUUCUGCUGGGAAGGGGAGCAGACCGCAGAAAGGAAAGUGAAGUGUCAGGAGCAGGAGACCAGCCAGGCUGGGAAGGAGUCGGUCUUAGUGUUAGCCCUGUUGGCCCAGGAGUGGACUCUGGCACCCUCCCAUACGUAUAGGAGUGUCCUUUGGAGCUGAAGGCCCAGCACUGGCUUCAGUGAUGCUGGCCUAUCAGUGCCUAUAGACAGUGCCGGGAGAGAGAAGUCCCUGUGUGGAGAAGCCCUGUGCCCAGCCCCUGGUUUCCAAAGGUGCUGGUACAGAGAAGUCGACUCUGCCGUCCCCCAGCCUGCCUGUGGCUGCAGUAGCUGGAGGGGAGUGGCCCUGCACUCUGGAAUG